UUUCGCUUUCAUCUCGCGGGUCAAACAGGGAAACAGCGCGCGGCUCCUGAGGACAGCUCGAGGCCUGGUUACUCACGCGGGGGUUUUAAAUAAAAGCGCAGUUUAUUUUCCCGCGAAAGUUUUAAACCUCUUGUCUGUUUUAACUGUUUUAAGUUUCUCGGCUUCGCUUUAUAUCAAGUUUCGCGGUUCUGCUUGGCGUCGCGGUGCGCGUUUUGUGUGUGUGUGUGUGUGUGUGUGUGUAGUUCUGCAGGGACUGUCGGUCAUCUCUGGUGAUUUCCACCCGGUGCUAUAUUUGUAGUUAAACUGACUUUUUUAGACUAAAGCAAAAAUCAUAAUGUUUGAGGAAUCUUCAUCACAACCAGGGUGGCUGAGUGAAGAAGUCAAGACCGGGACUACAAUCAUAGCGAUUGCGUUUGCAGAUGGAGUUGUUCUAGGCUCCGACUCACGUGUGUCUGCUGGGGAGACAGUGGUGAAUCGAGUUAUGAACAAACUCUCUAAACUACAUGACAAGAUCUACUGUGCUCUGUCAGGGUCAGCCGCUGAUGCCCAGACCAUUGCUGAGGUUGUCAACUACCAACUGGAUGUACACAGUAUUGAGCUGGAUGAAGACCCCUUGGUUCGCUCAGCUGCUACAUUAGUGAAGAACAUUUCCUACAAGUACAAAGAGGAACUAUCUGCACAUCUGAUUGUUGCAGGUUGGGACAAGAGAAAUGGUGGACAAGUGUUUGUGACUUUGGAUGGCCUACUUUCUCAGCAGCCGUUUGCUAUUGGUGGCUCUGGUAGUUCAUACAUUUAUGGGUUUGUUGAUGCAGAAUACCGGAAAGGCAUGACAAGAAAAGAAUCCCAGAAGUUUGUUUUAGAUGCACUAACACUUGCAAUGAGCAGAGAUGGUUCUAGUGGUGGCGUAGCAUACCUCGUUACCAUUGAUGAAAAUGGAGCAGAAGAGAAGUGCAUUCUGGGAAAUGAGCUACCUACAUUUUUUAAUGAUUGAAAAAGAGGGCACAGGCAAAACUAUUUUACUGUUUUUUUUAACACUGCAUUUAUUGCUUUAUUAGGCACAACUGUAAUAUCAGUUAACCCAAAUUCAUUCAUUUCAUAGACAAUUUUGCAUCAUUCUUGAGUUCUUUACAUUCAGUCACUUUUAUGUCCAAAUGAAUGCUAUUAAAGAAACAUUAUUGAAUGGUAGACUGACCCCAGCAGUAACAUUGCAGUUACCUAGCAGUGCUGUUAAACUUAGUUCACUUAGUCCACUUAGUCUAGAUUUACUUAGUCCACUUGUGUCAGUGCCACAAACACUACCAUUCUUUUACACUGCUGUUCUGAAACAUUUCCAUUUGUAAAAUGUCUAGUCAGUCAGUAGCUGUAUGUCCACAAAAUUUGGUUUUAUAAUACCUUGACUAAAUGACAAUGCUUUCACGUUGAUGGAAAUAUUCAUUUGUUUUAAUUUAAAUUUCCCAAAUAAAUGCAGAUCCACAAAGA